AUGGACGUUUUCGAAUUCGUGGAGCCCCUGAGGAAAAGGAAAAUUACGAACAACCUCUUCGACUUCGAUCAGUACGUGUACAAAGAGAAGGUGGACGAAUCGGAGGAGAAAAAAAGCGAACACCAUGUCGUGAAGAAGAAGAAAAAGAAACUGAGGAGAGUACUGGAUAGUUCAAAUAGCGAAGGGGAUAACAACAAGUCCAACGAAGAUACAUCCCCUCGGUCUAGAAAGAAGCGAAACGGACCGAAAGAUGAGAGCCCCAAGAAGGAAUAUGAGGACGAGGAACAAAAGCAUGCCACCCCACAUCAGCAAAAUGAAAGUAACACCAACAGUGACGAUCAUGAUUCCUCCCUGUCGAAUCAGGAGGAGUAUGAACAGAAUUUAAAGGAUCUAUUCGAAUGCAUAUUAGGUUCCAUAAAAAUUAAGAACAAAAUUAUAGAGUACUUCACUUCAAACGUGAAGGAAAAAAGACAGGAAAUAAUAAAAGAUUUUGUAAAGGGAUCUUUUCGAGUGAGUAAUUUCGAUGCCAAUUUCACAAACUUCGAAAAAGAUGUGGAUACAUUUCAUAAACUGAAGAAGUAUCAAAAGUGUGGAGUCUUCUGGUUAUAUGUUCUGUACAAAGAAAAUAAAAAUGGCAUCCUCGCGGACGAAAUGGGCCUAGGAAAAACAGCACAGACAUGUGUAUUCCUCGAUUAUAUGUAUCGAACAAAGGAACUAAAAAAUAAAACCAUUAUUGUGGCUCCUACAAGUUUACUCAAAAAUUGGAACAAUGAAAUAAAUAUGUGGUGUCCUUACCUCAAGAAUCAUAAAAUUAUUUACUACGGAAGCCAAAAUGAAAGGAAAUAUCUUGCAUAUGAUAUUUUUACAAACAAGAGCAGUAACAUACAUAUAAUUGUUACCAGUGUUAAUAUGCUGAUUGGAAAAAAUGAUGUGUCGUACUUCAGACAAAUUAAAAAGUAUGACUACCUCAUCUUUGACGAGGCUCAUUUUUUAAAAAAUAAGAACUCUCUAGUAUAUAAAAAGUUACAAAAGAAAAUUUCUUUUAACAAUAAAAUUUUGCUGACGGGGUCACCGAUCCAGAACAAAACACAAGAACUGAUGAAUCUUCUGCUUUUUCUCAUGCCAGAUAUUUUCACAGAAAAAAGUAUCAACAGUGCAAUGAAUGCCUUUGUUAAAAUGUACCAGGACAUACUCGAAAGUAAGGAAAAUGACGAUCAUAACAACCUGGACUGCUGUGGCACCCCUCGGAACUCCGCCAAAAAUAUGGACAUUUAUGAUAUAAAAUCGGUGGAAAAGAAAGAACCCAUGGAAAUGAAUGAUUCCACGAAUGGCAACGCAAUCACCACGGAGGAUACGAGAAAUAUUAUAAAGAAUUAUCUUAUUGAAACGAUUAAAGACGAUGUUAAGUAUGCCCAGUUGAAGAACAAAGAAAUCAUUCUGCUGCAACUCAUUAUUGAACCGUACAUUUUGAGGAGAUCCAAGAAACACGUGUUUAUAGACAUGCCUAAGAAGCAUAGCAUAAUUAUUAAACUCCCCAUGAAUACGACGCAACUGAAUCUGUAUAAGGAUGAAAUCAUGUCAAAGAUACAGCACACGCAUAAGCAUUUGGAAUUUCUUUCAAAGCACUCCAAUAAGAAGGAGCUCGAGAAGCUUGCAGUAAUUUUUGAGAAGAAGGACAUCAAGCUGGAGAAUAUUUUCCACAGCAGAAGCAACGGUGGCGAUGGCGGCGACAAAGAGAGCGACGCCACCCCUAGUGCGAGCAAUCGCGCCGUGGACCUUACGGAUCGGUCGGUCACUGAAGCGGCAACGGAAGCAUCGAGUGGCGGAACUCACAAUGGAGAUACCUCAGACCAUGUAGGUAAUACAAACGAGAAGGGCGGAAUAGCAAGUGAAGGGGCCCCAGCCGAAGAGCCCAACGAGUACGACGAUGAGGAUGACAAAAUUGAUGAAAAAACCAUCAACAUAGAAAAGGCAGAAGAAAACAAAGACGGAAAUAUCGUAAUCAACAAGAGGCAGGAUGAACCGAUGGAGAAGGAAAAUGCUAACAACAUCAGCAAAGAAGUUAGAGGAAGAAUGAUAAAUGCAUCCAUUUUCAUUUUAAGGCGUAUAUGUAACCACCCACUUUUACACAAGUACUACUACUCCGUUGAGGACAUAAAAAAAAUAUCCAAAUAUUUCUACACAAACACGGAUCAGUACCUCGACUUGGACUUGAAAACAGUCGAAAAUGAAUUCAUGAAAAUAUCAGACUUUGACAUUCACCUCUCCAUUAAGCAUUUAAUAUCACAAGGAGAUGAAAACCUAAACAGAUACCUAAUUUCAAAGGACCAUAUACUAAACAGUAGUAAAAUACACCACAUGAUUUCUUUAAUUAAGGAUAUUAGGAAGAAGAAGGAAAAGGUUCUUAUUUUUUCUCAGUUCACUACCUUUCUUGAUAUCAUUGAGGAGGCCCUUCUGUAUGAAUUUGUUUACGACGAGCAAGACUUCUCCCAUCAUCAGCAGUGCGUCACUGAAGGUGGCAAAGAUGGCCAAAUAGACGCGAAGGGGCACCUCCGCGGAGAGGAUAACGUGUCUGGUGGGGAUCAAACAGACCCUAAUGUCGAUGCGACCGAGGAAGGCGAAACACGACAAGAUAACUCUGGUAAAGAGGAAGACACGAAUAGCUAUUUGAACAAAAAUGACAAAGACGUAUACCUGUCGUCCUCCACCUCUUCCACAUCCUCCCUCGCGUCGGACCACAAGGGGAACAACCAAAUAUACGUUCGCCUAGAUGGGUCCACGAAUACAAUAGAGAGGCAGAAAAUUAUAAAGCGCUUUUCCAAUAAUGAUAAUAUUUUUAUCUUCCUUCUGACAACCAAAGCGGGCGGCGUUGGGUUGAACUUGAUCGCGGCCAACCACGUAAUACUGAUGGAUCAGGACUGGAACCCCCACAAUGAUAGGCAGGCGGAGGAUAGAGUUCACCGAUUAGGACAAAAGAAUGAAGUAUACAUUUACCGACUUUGUUGCAAGAACACCAUUGAGGAGACCAUACUUCGGUGUUGUAAAGCAAAGCUCCACCUGGACCAGGCCUUCGGCGGCAACAGUGACUUGUUACAAACAGCCCUUAUAAAGGAUGCUUUGAGUGCAAUUGAGAUGGAGCAAAAAUAA